AUGAGCACCCGCGAACCUCUUCCCUCGUCUUUCGAUGACCAUCCUGAAUUCAAGGAGGAAUCAUCUUUUCAAAAGUUUACCAGAAGACUCAAGGAGGAGCCCUUGAUUCCGCUUGGAUGCGCCGCAACAUGCUACGCCCUAUACCGCGCCUACCGUUCUAUGAAAGCCCGUGACUCCGUGGAAAUGAACCGGAUGUUCCGCGCCCGUAUCUACGCCCAAGGAUUCACCCUCGUCGCUAUCGUCGCUGGGGGCAUGUAUUUCAAGACGGAACGCCAGCAGCGCCGAGAAUUCGAGAAGGCUGUCGAGGUACGGAGGUCCCAGGAAAAGCGCGAUGCGUGGUUACGUGAACUGGAGAUUCGUGAUAAGGAGGAUCGGGAUUGGAGGGAGAGGCAUGCUGCUAUGGAGGCGGCUGCCAAGGAAGCUGAGCGGAAGGGGGCUGCUAAGGCGGCGCUUGAGCAGGAUACGGCUCGGUCUGCUUUAGAACCUGGUGAUGAGAAGAGUUCGCUUGGGGUAUUGGAUGCUGUGAGGGAUAUGGUGUUGGGGCGAGGAUAA